UUCAAACACCAUGACCCUCCUCUCGUUAUUAUCCUCAUAGUGUAUCUCAAUGUCUUCAUCUUCUUUCUCUUGAUCAAACAUGCUUCAACGUUCUUUUCUCCUUACCUUAUUUUCCUUAUUCUGGUCAUGCUGUACUCUUCUUGACGGCGGCGUUUCAGACCCGCAAACUCAUCUUCUCACCUUCGGAUGCACACCAUUUGACCAGUUCGUCAUUUCCGACUUGUCCAUCUUCAAUGAGAACCUAAAUGCAACGUUUCGAGACCUCAGAGGACAGAUCAGAGACCAAAGCAAGCACUUCGGUACUGUUCAGGAAGGCAGUGGAGGAAGCCCCGUGUAUACUCUUUUUCAGUGCAGAAACUACCUUUCAGUUGCUGACUGUGUCGCCUGCUUCGAUGUAGCUGCCGUCCAAAUCCGCAGCUGCCCCGCCGGUGCUCCUGGCGGCCAUGUUGUCUACGACGGCUGCUUCCGCAGGUAUGAUGCCAGUCCUUUCUUUGACCGUCCGACGGAUACUUUCAAUGCUGCAUUGUGUGGGAAUAAAACUACAGAAGAAGCCACUGCGUUUACCUCAGCUGUGCAAAAACUGCUAAUGAAUCUGCAAAAAGAAACAUCUACAAUCCCUGGUUUUUUGGCAGCGAUGAAGACGCAUGUUCCUAAUACUGGUCCAACUAUACAUACCUUUGUUCAGUGUACUGAAACUAUCACACAGAGUGGGUGCCUCAAUUGCUUAAAUGUUGGAUACAAGAAUAUGCAGACUUGUCUUCCCACGUCAGACGGUAGGGCUUUUGAUCAAGGUUGUUUCUUAAGAUACUCCACAACUUCAUUCUUUCCUGAUAAUUACCAGAUCAUUGAUGUCACUCCCAUGGAUAAACAAGGUUCGAUCAAUAAGGGGGCCAUCAUUGGUGGAGCAGUUGCUGGGAGUGUAAUCCUUGCUUUGAUUGUCCUGGCAUUUUUUCUUUGGGCCAAGCCACCAAAAAAUCCUAAAAGGGUUCCAGGUGGAGGAGACACAACCGGAGCAAGCAAGUUGAAAGGUCCAGUUAAUUACAGUUACAAGGAUUUGAAGCUUUCAACAAAAAAUUUUAAUGCAGAUAAUAAACUUGGACAAGGAGGAUUUGGUACUGUAUACGAGGGAACUCUGAAGAAUGGGAAAGUAGUUGCAGUCAAAAAGUUAACUUUACGCCAUUCCACUAAAGUGGAGGAUGAAUUUGAGAGCGAAGUGAAACUUAUAAGUAACGUUCAUCAUCGAAAUCUUGUUCGACUUCUUGGAUAUUGCAGCAAAGACAAUACAAGAAUUCUUGUCUAUGAAUACAUGAAAAAUACCAGUCUUGACAAAUUCUUAUUUGGUAAAAUGAAAGGUUUUCUUGGUUGGGAGCAACGGUAUGAUAUAAUUUUAGGCACGGCAAGAGGUUUGGCUUAUCUACACGAGAAAUUCCAUAUUUGUAUUAUACAUAGAGAUAUAAAGUCUAAUAACAUCCUCUUGGAUGAUGAUUUUCAACCUAAAAUUGCUGAUUUUGGAUUGGCAAAACUUUUAUCUGAGGACAAAUCUCAUCUAAGCACAAAAUUUGCAGGAACAUUAGGAUAUACAGCAUCAGAGUAUGCAUUAAAUGGCCAAUUAUCUGAGAAGGCUGAUGCCUAUAGCUAUGGUGUUGUAAUCCUAGAAAUUAUCAGUGGUCGAAAAAGUGAAGAAUUGAACAUCAAUGGUGAAGCUGAAGGUGAAUUCCUCCUUCAAAAGGCAUGGAAACUGUAUGAGAGAGGCAGGCAUUUAGAGUUGGUGGACAAUACUUUAGACCCUAAUGACUGUGAUAUAGAAGAAGUAAAGAAAAUCAUAGAGAUUGGUUUGCUUUGCACCCAAGCAUCUCCUACAAUAAGACCGACAAUUUCUGAAGUUGUUGUCUUGCUCCAAAACAAGGGUUUAUUUUAAAAUAUGAGACCCACUGUGCCUUUCUUGGUUGAAACUAAUUAAAUAAGGGCCCAUGGAGAGGACUACACUUAGCUUCUACAUCAACUUCCUCUUCGUCCAUUGUUACGGCCUUGAGUUCUAGUGUCAGAAAGAUAUACAGUUGUGUUUGUUGGACGAAUAAGAAUAGACAUCGAAGAAGAAAAUACAAAAUGACUGUUCUUUAUUCCAUUAUUCUUCUACAUUUGUUUGCAAUCAUACGUCAAUCCUUAUAGAAGUAUUUGUCUAUUGAUAA